AUGUUCUGGAAACGUAAUACAAAUGCACCAAAUCAAGAACCUGUGUAUCGGAAGGUGGCGAUAGUAGAAAAUUUCUUCGAUAUCAUCUAUACUGUGCACGUCGAACUUGAAGGAAGACCAGGAAAACACGCUGGACAGAAACGCACAUAUCGAACCAUAACUGAAACAUACGCGUUUCUACCGCGCGAGGCUGUCACACGUUUCUUGACGGGUUGUGCGGAGUGUGCUCGCCGGCCGAGGAGCGCCUCCCCUCCCCCCCUGCCGACUCCUUCCCCCUCACCCACAAGACAUCCCACAUACCUACCCUUCAUACCACACUGUGCACCAGACUACACCAGGAACUGGGAAUCAGAGAUAGACGCAGCCCAAAACUAUUCCUAUGAACCAAAAUUCGACUACACAGACCUACAGCCAUUGAGAAAACCGGAGAGUCCGAAACAUAUCGAUGAAGAAGAACCUACUUAUAUAGAAUUGACAUCAAAGAAGAGCAACGGAUUCGAUGCGACAACAAUCUUUAACAGAAGUUCUUCAGUCGAACCAUUCAGAGAAGAGGAACCGGUCCGCUCCGACCCAGAAAUAGACAAAGAUGACAGCGUCAUUGACGUAGAAGAUGUUAGGCCGGAGAGUCCACAGGCCGUCACAGAACAGAAGAAAGAAGAAGAACAAAAGCAGGAACAAAUACAAGACAUCAAAACGGUAGAAGAAAACCAGCUUGAAAAGACUGAGUGUAAACGAGAGAAAAAAUAUAAUCCUUUAGACGUUGCUAACUUAACGUCAAAAGAUCCACCGAAAUCGAGGUCUCCGCCGCGGAAAAAGCUGCUGCCUACAGCUUUAGAUGGAGCUCAUUACUAUGGAAGAUAUCCCAAGCCUUGGAGACCGGACACCAGCUUGUGUUAUGGAGAUGACAUCGACUACAGCGUGCCCAUCACUACGGCGUACUUGAAACAUAUUAAGAUGAACUACCAAGAGAGUUUGGAAGAUAAGGACAACCUUACCCCUGAACCAGCUGACAUGACUGAUGACGACAACUUUCCCGGUCAGGGCUACGCGAAAGACGCUGAGAAGUUGAAAAUGAUGUUGCUGGCGUGGAAUUAUCACAGCCAGACGCAAGGCCGCAACGGUGAUAUAACAGAGAGCGGCCCCGACAGUAUGGCGGAUCUAUGGGCCUCAUACCACAGCGCCCUAGGCCUCGGCAGCAAACCUCCCAAGCCUCCCACUCCGCUAGCUACAGGACACUCGGUGAGUUUUAAGAGUCCCAUCCACGUCGGUCUCGGUACACCGGUGGAGCCAGCAUCGACUCACGAUGAGACCUCGUCAUCUGAUAGGACCAAGGAUGAUGAUGAUGGAGGCGCCUCCGAUGAUGAUAGUGAUGACCGCGUCGAUCCUCAACACCAUGAUCCUGAACGACUGAAGGCUUUCAAUAUGUUCGUUCGUCUUUUCGUCGACGAAAACCUGGAUAGAAUAGUUCCUAUCUCCAAACAGCCGAAGGAGAAGAUACAAGCUAUCAUAGAUUCAUGCACGAGACAGUUCCCGGAGUUCGCUGAGCGAGCGAGGAAGAGGAUCAGGACUUACUUGAAGAGCUGCAGAAGGAAUAAGAAGGUUCGCGGAGAGGGACCUGCUACUGGGAACGGAGGAAACACACCCUCAGGGAACACUUGGGACACAGCGGUGCGUCCAACUCCGGCCCACUUGACGUCGGUCCAAGCUGAACACAUUCUGGCGCAGGCGUGCGAGAACGAGAGCCUCAACGCUAAACGCAUGCGACUCGGACUAGACCCUGUAAGCCAGCCCAUGCCCACUGUGACUCAACCCAUGGCAAUCGAUACAACAGCUACGUCAUCAUUCCUGAGCCUGUACAGCGGCUCAAGUUCCACAACAGUGACCAGCUCCACACACAAGGACACUCGCCCGGCCACCAGCCCCGCGCUUGAGAACACCAAUAACAACAGCCUCAAGAUGGACUCCAACGGAAAUACAGGCAGCAAGACUGCUAGUCCAGCGUCAUCACCAGCUCCGCUGUUCAGACCCUCGUUUCCGAACACGUUCGGAAAUCCAUCGACUUUCGCGAGGCAGAGUUCAACAACUAACCCGACGUCAGCUCUGUCGAGCACCGCUCUUCUGUCUACACUUACUUCUCUGCCGCCAACAGGUGUUGGAGUGAACGCAGCCAUGGCGGCCUAUCAGAGCGCUCUACUCUCAGCUAUGGCGGCACACACGCACACAUUCCCAAACUUAACAGCUCCAACCGAUCUCUCUCUGAAGACAUCAACGGCUCCUCUCCACACGAGUUCUCUCUCAGGCUCCAGCACUAAGUCACUUCUGUCUCACAAGCUGUCCAACGCCGAGGUCGGGGCUGUGAGACAACUCAUAACAGGUUACCGCGAGUCCGCCGCCUUCCUUCUACGAUCCGCGGAUGAAUUGGAGGCAUUACUGCUGAACCAGCCCUAG